AUGGCCCCCGUGUCGUCGACAUCCUCGUGGCCCCUCAUCAACUAUCUCCUCUUCAGCAGGAGAGAAGCUCACCUUGCUCCAAAUUUUAUCGUCCAAGAGUACGGCGCGCCUGAUGAACGGCACACGGAGCUCAGGGCUAACAUUGCCGAGCUUACGAAGGCGAAAGAGGACCAUCUGCUUAAGGAGCAGAUGGAGGCACCCAUGGUCCAGCAGCUCGAAAAGGAGGUCAAUGCCCUCAAGCAGAGGCUUCAUGAUUACAACAGAGAGCAGCUGUCGCUGCGCGUUGCAUCAAAAGCCUUGGACGAAAAGAAAGAGGAGACACUAAGGAAGAUCAACCAGGCUGAUUUUGCGUUGGUGAAAGCUAUGCAAGAAAAGGAAAAGCUAUCAGCCAAAAUUGUUCAUUCCCCUGAAAAGCUCCAGAGGAACCUUGAGGAGAAGAAAGUAGUCCGUGAUGAGUUAAAGAACUUAGAGAAGAUGGCAAUGCAGAAAGUCCAAGAGAAAACCGAUACUCUUGAGAUGUAUACUAAGGUUUCGGAGAAACUAGCGAAGCAUCUCUCUAAAAUUUCUGCUGUACUUGAAAAAAGUGCUGCUGCUAAAGCUUCUGAGAAGGAUGUUAAAGCACACAAAGAGAAGAUCAGUGAUCAAAAUUUGGAGAUAAAGGCACUUCGCAAUAAAGCUGCUGAAUGGGAAAUGAAAGUACUCGAGAACGAGGCCAAACUGAAAGCAAAGGAGAAAGAAAGGGACCAAAGAGUUGGAGAGAACAAUCGGAAGAUGACUGCAUUGAAAUCUGAAGUUGAAUCGGAGCAUAAGUGCCUUGAGGAGAAACAAAGAAAAAUAAAGGAAAAGAUUGACAAGGGUUCUGAAUUAUGCUCUCAAGCCGAUUCUGUUGCUGACGCUGGAAGGAAGAAAAUAGAGGAAAUCUAUGGGAAGUAUGAUCAACUUUGUGAGGCGGCUAAGAUGUACAUGGAUGGCUUGGAUCAAUCCUUCGACGAGACUGAUGAAGCUGCAGUGAUGUUGAACACUAUAGCCCAGAGUGGCGCUUGA